UCUCCGGUGGCCAGUUUCACGGAGGCCUGCGAUAAGCCAGUCAGUCUCGUUCUAGUUCCCUCUGUUCGGUCGGACAGCUUUCUGGUCAGUGGCGGGGAUGACGAGCCGUGAUCACAUGUGGAGCCCGCGCGGGAGAGAGGGGCAGAAAUGCAAGAUGCGCGGCCUGAUCUCCCCGCCAGAUCUCUCAGGCAGUCAGGCAGUCAGGCAGACAGGCAGACAGGAACAGGGUCACAUGAUCGUCCGCUUCUCCCCCGAAAGAGUCGAUGCAUCUCCGGUGCGGGAAACAAUUUUUGGGAGUCCCAGUCUUGACUCGAAUCUCAGCCCACAACAUCCCCAGGAGUUCUCAUGGCUGCUAGCGAGUCCUCCAGAUACCUGGCAAGGUCGCUGCCACGGGCGUUGGCGCCCUCUGCUCGCCCACAUACCUUGUGCUGGCGCCGCGAUGCCUCCGAUCAGGCCUCGUCGAGAUCUCCAUCCGUCAACGACUUGAACGAGCUGGAGACCAUUACUAGCCUUUCCUCCACGACGCCGCCCGCUGAGAUUGUGGAAACCUUCGAUCCCAUUGCCAGAUCUAGAUCUCGCAAGACUCAAUUGCCUCGGAGUCGUUAUCAAUUCCGAUCUCCCAAAUACUACCGUGGUCCGCUCCACCCUCACCAGCCUCCUCCUCCCACCGACCCUUCUUCCCGACUUUUCGUCCCGGGCCCAUUCUCCCUUCCCCGAGUAGAGCAGACCUGGCAAUCGACCGUCGCAUCGGACAUCCUCAGCCUGCUCUAUGUCCACAACCCCCCGGGCUUCAAGCCGCCGGUCAAGGCGCCCCGUCUCCGCAGCUGGGACGACAGCUCCCCCUACCACAAGAACCGACCGCUUCGUGGUCCGCGCGGUGGUGACGUGCUCCGCCUCCUCCGCAAACCCAUCGACUUCAACAACGUCCCCAAGCUCGAGCGCAUCACCAUUCACAGCUACGUCAACAUGGCGACGGAGAGCUCGUCCUGGAUCCACACGGCCGGUAUCGCCGUGCAGGCCAUCUCCAACGUGCGCGUGCAGACCUACAAGUCCAAGGCCAGUGUCGUGAAAUGGGGCAUCGCCCCCGGCCGCGACACCGUGGCCUGCAAGGCGGAGCUGAGCGGCGAGAACAUGCUGCACUUCUUCGGCAAGCUGGUCGAUAUCGUCAUGCCCCGUAUCAAGGAUUGGCGGGGUAUCAAGGGUAGCAGUGGUGACAGCAGCGGAAACAUCACCUUCGGUCUUGACCCCGAGGCUGUCGCUCUGUUCCCGGAGAUCGAGGUCAACUAUGACAUGUACCCCCCCAAGAUGAUCCCCGGUUGCCACAUCACCCUCCACACUACCGCCAGAACCGACAAGGAUGCCCGUCUCCUGCUUAGCGCCAUGGGAAUCCCCUUCUACGGCAAGAUCAAUCACUAAAUCAUGGACGUUGCUCGCCAUUUCCCAAAGUAGAUACCGCUGCGCAACCAGUUUGCUCAAUGAUUGCACGGCGAGGUGACUCUUUUCCUUGCAGAUUCUUGCCAUAGGGUCAUUUCUCCCAAGAGUGAAAUUCUUUGUUUGGUCUUCUCUUGUUAUUCUGGAUAUUUUUGGCUGGACAUUGAAACGUGUAACAUGGAGGGUAUGUCUCUGGUGCUGUUAGAUCUUAUGUAAAAUACGCCUUCUGCUUUCUUGAUUCUGUGUGCAUUCUCCCUUUUACAAGCCGUUCUACUGAUUGUGAGACAUAAAGUAUGAAAAUAUUUUCUUUUCCAUUUCGGUAUCGCUGUGCAGGGUGUCUUCUCCUAUACCAACCGC